GGGAGGGAGGAGAGGCGGAAUCAUCCCAGCCUCCUGCGCGCGAGGCACUCCUGCUCGAAUCCGUCUUCAUGUGAACUUAGAUGUAACAGGAUAAAAUGUUGAAGUUCUUCUCGGCGCGGGAUGACGAGAACGAAAGCCUCCUGGGAGCAAUAACAGAAGAUGAAGGGGACAAUCCGUCCCUUCAGGACACCAAACACCACUGGCUGAACAGACCCUGUCUCCUGGUGCUCAAAGAUGGGGAUGUGGCCAAACCUGGACUGGGCUGUGGACCGAUCAGACCAGAAUCUCCUUCCAAAGCUGCCGCAGAUGCAGCAGACAGAAGCGCCUCCAGAGCGCGUGAGCAGAACCCAACCGAGCAACCUGCCAAGGCAGCGUCUCCCCCCCAGCUGGAGGAGGGCAGCUGCACUGUGACCACCAUCUCCUCCUCCAGCCCUCUGGUGCUGAGCCCCGCCGCGGCCGAGUGGCCCCAAGACAACGCCGACCAGAGGAAAGCCCGGCCCGUCCCGUCCAAGGAGGACUCUGUGAUCGAGGAGAAGGAGCUGGAGGACAGCGGGCUGGAGCCGCCCUGCAGCUCCGAGGCCACCGCCGCGCCCUGUGCUCCUGGACGCGAGGAGGCACACGGCAGGGGGCCGUUUACGAUGGGCAGAUCUACUGGAGCAGAGGAGACCAGCACCUGCAAAGUCCAGGCAGCCGGCGGAGGCGGAGACUGCGCCACUUCACCCGGAGACCCCGACAACGAGCGCCAGGACGGCCCCGCUGGCAUUCUGUCCAAGGACCGAGGCAGCGUCCUUGGGGAGGUGGCCCCCGUGUGGGUCCCCGAUGCCCAGGCUCAGGUUUGUAUGAAGUGUGGGGUGAAGUUCACGUUUACCAAGAGGAGGCACCACUGCCGCGCCUGUGGGAAGGUGUUCUGUGCCCUCUGCUCCAGUCUGAAGUUCAGACUUACACAUCUGGACGGCAAGGAGGGGCGAGUCUGUGUUUCCUGUCAUUCGACCCUCAUCAAAAGUACCCCCCCGAAGGGGAAAAGGAGGGUGUGGUUUGCCGAUGAAAUGAAGUCGGAGUCUGCUCCAACCACGCCCGUCCGGGGGCCGGCCUUCUCCCCGCUGAUGAGACGGGCGCUGGGCGCAGCGGUGGGGUCUCCCCAGCUCAGAGCCUGCAGGCCACACGGCACCAGCAUUAAUGAGGCCUGCGGCCCCUGUGGUUGGGGCACCAGCGCUUUGGUGAGCAGCUCCGUCAACCUCAUCCCCCUGGACGGCCUGCCGCCCAUCCUCACCUCCACGGGAGUCAAAGGAGAUUACACGGUGGAGGAGCAGCCCUCGGAGCUCCUGCUCAUCCAGGAGCUGGAGAGCAGCAGGCCCAAGCCCCUGGUGUUCGUCCUCAACGCCAACCUGCUGGCUAUGGUCAAGCUGGUCAACUACGUUAACAGGAAGUGUUGGUGCGUGACGACGAAGGGGAUGCAUGCGGUGGGGCAGGUGGAGGUGGUGGUGCUGCUGCAGUGUCUGCCCGAGGAGAAGACCUUCCCCAAAGACAUCUUCAGCCACUUCAUCCAGCUGUACCGAGACACGCUGACAGGGAAGGUGGUGAAGCACCUGUCGCUGUCCCUGUUCGGCAGCCGCUGCCUCGGCAGCGAGGACCACGCCGGCUUCCUGUAUGUCCGCUCCACGUUCCAGUCGCUCCAGGGGCUCCCGGUGCCCAACCAGCCCUUCGUCUUCGGCCUGCUGGUCCACAGGGCGGAGGUGGCCUGGGCCAAGGCCUUCCCGCUGCGCCUCGUGCUGCGGCUGGGCGCCGAGUACAGAUUUUACCCUUGUCCACUGUACAGCGUGCGCUUUAGGAAGCCUUUAUUUGGGGAAAUAGGUCACACGAUAAUGAGACUGUUAGUGGACUUUAGGAACUACCGUUACAGCCUUCCAAUGGUGCCGGGACUCACUGUGGAUCUAGAGGCUCAGAGGACCUGCAUAAAGAUACCGACCACUGGAUAUAAUGAGCUCAUGAAAGCUCUGAAUAAGUCCAACGAGCACGUUCUGGCCAUCGGCGCGGGCUUCAAUGAGACCGCAGACUCCCACCUCAUCUGCGUGCAGGGAGACGACGGCCAGUACCAGACGCAGGCCAUCAGCAUUCACAACCAGCCACGCAAAGUCACUGGGUCGUGCUUUUUCAUCUUCAGUAGUGCUCUGAAAGCGUCUGCAGGAUACAUGGCCAAGUCCAGCAUCGUAGAAGACGGCCUGAUGGUGCAGAUCACUGUGGAAACCAUGGCGGAGCUGCGUCGCUCGCUGCGGGACAAGAAGGACUACACGGUCGCCUGCGGCCGCUUUGACCAGUCAGACGGCCAGGAGCUCGUGUGUGUACAGUGGGUGGAGGAGAAAUGCACUGUGAACAAGGGCGUUAUUAGUCCCAUUGAUGGGAAAUCUAUGGAGUCUAUCAGCAGCAUAAAGAUGUUCCAGAAGUCAGAAUACAAAGAAAAUGGGAAGAUCAUCCGCUGGACAGAAGUCUUCUUCUUGCAGAGGGGCGAUCACCCCAGAGGAGGCGCCAGCGACUCUGCCGAGCACAAUCGGCUCACAGAGCGAAUCGCCCGAGCCUUCUGCCUGGCGCUGUGUCCACACCUGAAGCUGCUCAAAGAGGACGGCAUGGCCAAACUGGGGCUGAGAGUCACUUUUGACUCUCAUGAGGUGGGAUUUGUGGCUGGCAGCAAUGGGCAGCCCCUCCCAGCUCAGUACCUCAACGCCCUAGACAGCGUGCUAAUUCCCGUCAUCCACAGCAGGGGGCGCAAGAGAGGCGAAGAGCCCAUCGUCAUGGAGCUCAUCUUUUACAUCCUGGAGAACAUCACUUAAUGCACCGGCCUGCGCCGUUUCAUCUUCGUAACACUGACCACAACCUGGUCCACAGAGCUUCUCAUCAGGGCUGCCAUCGUUUUUCCAGGGCAAUAAAAACAUUCAGUUGGGCGAACCAGACCACAUGUAAGGUCUGCAUCCAUUCAUCCACUCACAAGAAGAGGGAGGUGGUUGGAGUCUUUAGUGGUUUUCUGAUCCCACCCUGCUCUGCUGCAGACAAUCUGGGUUAGCAUGACACGUCUGGCGGAACAUCAGAUCAGGGUGCAGUACUUGCACUUUAGUAGCAACUUCACAGCUUGAGAUCAAUCACAUCAUACUGUACCAUCAAUACCUUUAAGUGGGCGUUGGAUUCAGCCCCACAACUUACAAAGAGGAUGACUUGAAGUACUGCAACAAUUUGAUGCACAGCGAAUGAAUGCCUGAAGAAUGUUUUCAUACUGGAUGUGUUUAAUUGACUGCUCAUGAAUUGCAUUAUCAGCCUGGAAUUAAAUUUGCAACAAUGGCCGAAGUACAAACUGGA